UAAGAAUUUUUAGGAGUUUUUAGUUUUCCGACGAAUUUCUUGGGAAGCGUGAAAGGUGUUUGUGCUGCUGCCGAUUUAAGUUGCGAAUAUCUUAAAAUCAAUUUCGUGCGAAUUUACGUGAAAUAAAAAAGAAAUGGCUGCAAGAUUUAUUCAAAAGAUUGUUAGCACUGCACCCACAUCUGCACGCGGUUAUGCAUCUGGCGCCAGAAAGGUCACUCUAAUUCCCGGUGAUGGCAUUGGACCAGAAAUCUCAGCCGCAGUGCAGAAAAUCUUUACAACUGCCAAUGUGCCCAUUGAAUGGGAAAGUGUCGAUGUCAAUCCUGUUAUGGGCCCCGAUGGCAAGUACGGUAUCCCACAAGCUGCCAUCGAUUCGGUGAACACAAAUAAAAUUGGCUUGAAAGGUCCCUUGAUGACACCCGUAGGCAAAGGUCAUCGCUCGUUAAAUUUAGCUCUGCGUAAGGAGUUCAAUUUGUACGCCAACGUGAGGCCCUGCCGCAGCCUUGAGGGCUACAAAACCCUCUACGACGAUGUCAAUGUGGUGACCAUUCGUGAGAACACCGAAGGUGAAUACUCUGGCAUUGAGCAUGAAAUUGUUGAUGGCGUUGUGCAGAGUAUUAAGCUGAUCACAGAGGAGGCGUCGAAACGUGUCGCCGAAUAUGCCUUCCAAUAUGCCAAGGCCAACAACAGGAAGAAGGUGACCGUAGUGCACAAAGCCAAUAUCAUGCGCAUGUCGGACGGUUUGUUCUUGCGUUGCGCGCGUGACAUGGCCGAGAAAUAUCCGGAAAUUCAGUUCGAAGAACGUUACUUGGACACCGUGUGUUUGAAUAUGGUGCAAGAUCCUAAAAAAUACGAUGUGCUGGUGAUGCCUAACUUGUAUGGUGAUAUUCUGUCUGAUAUGUGCGCUGGCCUGGUCGGUGGGUUGGGUCUCACACCAUCCGGCAACAUGGGUCUUAACGGCGCAUUAUUCGAAUCUGUUCACGGUACUGCCCCCGAUAUUGCUGGCAAAGAUUUGGCCAAUCCCACUGCUUUACUGUUGUCGGCUGUUAUGAUGUUGCGACACAUGGAGUUGAAUGAACAUGCCGACAAAAUUCAGCAUGCUUGUUUCGAGGUGAUCAAAGAGAGCAAGUAUUUAACCGGUGAUUUGGGUGGCAAGGCUAAAUGCUCCGAGUUUACAAAUGAAAUUUGUGCUAAACUGUGAAGUGGUGAGCCAAACGCUUAAGGUGAACGUGUACGCCGUGUCGUGUAUAUUCGCCAGUUUCUCAUUCGGCCAGAACAAUAAAUUUUACCCACUGCUGCUUUACCCAAUAUAAUAACUAAAAGUAAAUAUAAAAACCUAUAAAAUAAAACUUAAGUAUGUAUGUAAAAACAAACUGCUUGAAAUGAAAGUAUUGUGCGUUCGAAUAGAAAAAUAUACACGCAUAUGCCAUAAUGUGUAGGAAAUUUAAUACGUACACGAGUUGCUCACCUAAAAAUGAGAUAGCAAAAAACAAAUCAGGAACAAGUCAAGCUAUAAAUUAUGUUAGCUAUCCAUACACAUUUACUUCACUUGUUAAUGCGUCUAUCAUCGUACUAUAGAAGUAUUCAUUUAAAUUUUUAUGAUUUCUUUCAUGUUAAAAUUGCCAAUCAGGUAUUUAGUAAUUAGAUUACGUUUAUUAGUCAAUAUUUAUGUAAAGAUAUUUGAUUUAAUUUUAUGUUUAGUUAUCGCCAAGGGUCAUUUACCUGCUGUGUACCCUUACAAUAGUUUUUAGCAAACUCAAAAGCGUUAACAUUUAUUUAUUUGCUUUUUGACGAUAUUCAAUAGUAUUGGAUGAAGAGGCGCGUGCUUGCAAAGCACACAAUAUCGUAAAUUUUCAUUGAAAAGCAGUGAUGAAUUAAAAUUAUUAUUUUUGUCAGAACAAUAUCCAACAAUAGAGAAAUGUUCAGACUUCAACAACAGUCAUUAUGAAUACUACAAAGUGUUGAAUAUUAAGAUACACCAAUAAACAGUUAUUAAAAAUUGUAAACAACUAAAAA